AUGAUGUUAGCUCGUACUGCUGCUAUCCGUUCUCUGUCGAGAACUUUACUGCACUCCGCCAGAGCCGCAAGACCUGCCGCUGGUGUUGCUGCUUUGGCCUCCGCCAGAAGAUUGGCUUCCACCAAGGCGCAACCCACAGAAGUUUCCUCCAUUUUAGAGGAAAGAAUCAAGGGCGUGUCCGAUGAGGCCAACUUGAACGAAACCGGUAGGGUUCUUGCCGUCGGUGAUGGUAUUGCCCGUGUUUUCGGUUUAAACAACAUCCAAGCCGAAGAAUUGGUCGAAUUUUCCUCCGGUGUCAAAGGUAUGGCUUUGAACUUGGAGCCCGGUCAAGUCGGUAUCGUUCUUUUCGGUUCUGACAGACUGGUCAAGGAAGGUGAGUUGGUUAAGAGAACCGGUAAGAUUGUCGAUGUUCCCGUUGGCCCAGGCCUUUUGGGUAGAGUCGUUGAUGCUCUAGGUAACCCAAUUGAUGGUAAGGGACCCCUUGACUCCGUGGGUCGUUCAAGAGCUCAGGUCAAAGCCCCAGGUAUCUUGCCAAGAAGAUCCGUCCACGAACCGGUCCAGACCGGUUUGAAAGCCGUUGACGCGUUGGUCCCUAUCGGUAGAGGCCAAAGAGAACUGAUCAUUGGUGAUCGUCAAACCGGUAAGACCGCCGUCGCCUUGGACACCAUCUUAAACCAAAAGAGAUGGAACAACGGUAACGACGAAACCAAAAAACUUUACUGUGUUUACGUUGCCGUCGGACAGAAAAGAUCCACCGUUGCCCAAUUGGUCCAGACUUUGGAACAACACGACGCCAUGAAGUAUACCAUCAUUGUUGCCGCCACCGCAUCUGAAGCCGCUCCUUUGCAAUACUUGGCUCCGUUUACCGCUGCAUCCAUUGGUGAAUGGUUCAGAGAUAACGGUAAGCACGCUUUGAUCGUAUACGAUGACUUGUCGAAGCAAGCCGUCGCAUACCGUCAAUUGUCUUUGUUGUUGAGACGUCCUCCUGGUCGUGAAGCCUACCCUGGUGAUGUCUUUUACUUGCAUUCAAGACUUUUGGAAAGAGCUGCUAAGUUGUCCGAAAAGGAAGGUUCCGGUUCUUUGACCGCCUUGCCUGUUAUUGAAACUCAAGGUGGUGAUGUUUCGGCUUAUAUUCCAACCAAUGUCAUUUCCAUUACCGAUGGUCAAAUUUUCUUGGAAGCUGAAUUAUUCUACAAAGGUAUCAGACCUGCCAUUAACGUCGGUUUGUCCGUCUCUCGUGUCGGUUCCGCUGCUCAAGUCAAAGCUUUGAAGCAAGUCGCCGGUUCUUUGAAAUUGUUUUUGGCUCAAUACAGAGAAGUCGCUGCUUUUGCCCAAUUUGGUUCCGAUUUAGAUGCUUCUACCAAGCAAACUUUGGUUAGAGGUGAAAGAUUGACUCAAUUAUUGAAGCAAAACCAAUACUCUCCAUUGGCUACCGAAGAACAAGUUCCAUUGAUCUAUGCUGGUGUUAACGGUCAUUUGGACAACAUUGAACUAUCAAGAAUUGGUGAGUUUGAAUCUUCUUUCUUAUCUUACCUAAAAUCUAAUCACGAUGAACUUCUAACUGAAAUUAGAGAAAAGGGUGAAUUGUCAAAAGAACUGUUGGCUUCCUUAAAGAGUGCUACAGAAUCCUUUGUUGCCACUUUUUAA